GAAGCUGAUGGUGUUACCUCGAUCAUGUCCUGCUAUUUUUAGAAUAGGCUUCAGAAUUAAGUUACCUAGAGGGGAGAAGGACUAAACCGAGGAAGUGAAAGGAUAGAAGCUGCUGUAAUUAGAAACGCAUGGCAUUGUUUGCUGCCUUAUCGAACUCACCAUGCCAUUGAAAUGGAAACUCUGUAAUAGCCCCAGUGACAGAAGGUUUCUGGUUUCUAUUCUCAAGGCUUCCAGAACAGCCACAGCCUCUCCAACAUACAUUUCACUAUUAGAAGAGGACACCUUGCCUCUGAAAGUGUCUUUGAACCAGAGUAGGAUGGGAGUAGCAAAAAAUUGCCAGUCUUCUACAUCUCUUGGCAGCACUCAAGACUUCAGUAGUGAGACACACAGCUCAGCAGUACUACAGGGAUUUAAUAAUCUGCGGAAUAAUGAUUUGCUCUGUGAUGUCAGUCUAGUGCCAGCAGAUGGAGAUGAAAAGUUUCCUGUUCACAGAGCCAUGAUGGCAUCAGCAAGUGAUUAUUUUAAGGCUAUGUUCACAGGUGGCAUGAAAGAACAGGAACAGAUGUCAAUCAAACUACAUGGAGUAAGCAAAAUAGGACUGAAAAGUAUCAUAGAGUUCACCUAUACAUCAAAGCUAUCUCUCGAUAUGGACAAUCUCCAGGAUAUCCUAGAAGCUGCCAGCUUCCUCCAGAUAAUGCCUAUCAUUGAGUUCUGUAAAGAGUUUCUAACUUCUCAGGUUUCUUUUGAAAACUGUGUUGAAAUUGGUCGCAUUGCCAACGCGUACCACUUGACAACAGUAGAUGAGUAUAUCAAAGACUGUAUCCUGAAGAACUUCUCAACAAUGUUAAGCAGUGGGGAAUUUAUUUUGCUGUCUUACGACCAGCUUGUUUUUGCGCUUGGCAAUGAUGGCCUGAAGAACUGCACUGAGCUUCAGCUAUUUAAAGCUGCCUGUCAGUGGCUACAGCACGAGGAAUGUCGAAUGCAGUUUGCUGCAAAACUGAUGAAGCACAUUCGCUUCCCAUUGAUGUCACCAGAGGAGCUUCUUGAACAUGUUCAGAAAGUGGAGUUCAUGCGGACUGAUACCACUUGUGUUAACCUUCUACUUGAAGCCAGUAACUACCAGAUGUUGCCCUACAUGCAACCAAUCAUGCAAUCAGAAAGGACUAGGAUCCGUUCCAACUCCACACACCUGGUCACUCUGGGUGGUGUUCUGCGCCAGCAGCUUCUGGUGAGCAAGGAGCUGCGCUUGUUUGAUGAGAACACGCAUAUGUGGAAAUCAUUGGCUCCCAUGGAUGUGCCACGUUACCAGCAUGGUGUAGCUGUAAUUGGAAAUUUCCUCUUUGUAGUUGGAGGGCAGAGCAACUAUGACACAAAAGGGAAAACAGCAGUUGACACAACGUAUCGAUAUGACCCCCGCUACAACAAGUGGAAGCAGAUGGGCUCCCUAAAUGAGAAAAGAACUUUCUUCCACUUAAGUGCUCUUGAGGGAAAUCUGUAUGCAGUGGGAGGCCGAAAUGUUGCUGGAGAAUUAGCAACAGUUGAACGAUACAACCUAGCUACCAAUGAAUGGAGUUAUGCCACCCGAAUGAAUGAGCCUCACUAUGGACAUGCUGGAACAGUUUACGGGGGAUACAUGUACAUAUCAGGUGGAAUUACUCAUGAUACAUUUCAGAAAGAACUACAGUGCUAUGAUCCCAAAACUAAUUGCUGGUCCCAAAAAUCAGACAUGUCUACGGUCCGUGGGCUACAUUGUAUGUGCUCAGUUGAAGAUCGACUUUAUGUUAUUGGAGGGAACCAUUUCCAAGGGAUAAAUGACUAUGAUGACGUACUGUCUUGUGAGUACUAUAGACCUGUUGCAGAUCAAUGGACUCACAUUGCUCCAAUGCUACGUGGACAGAGUGAUGUUGGUGUAACAGUUUUUAACAAUAACAUAUAUGUCAUUGGGGGCUACUCAUGGAACAAUCGUUGUAUGGUAGAAAUUGUCCAGAAGUAUGAUCCUGAAAAUAAUGAGUGGAAGAAAGUUUUUGAUGUGCCUGAACCACUCGGUGGUAUUCGAGCAUGUACCCUGACAAUCCACAUGCCAGAGGAUGACUUGGAACUGCAGUCUCGUGAAUCUCCACUAGUGACUUCACACGCCACUUUGUGAUUUGUAUCUUAACCAGUGACUGCGAAGGACUUCUUCUUAUUAUGCCAAUUAUUCAUUGUGUUCAUUGUGUUCAUUCAAAAAGCUCUAUUUAAUAUGGUCCAAUAGUCUAAAAUACCCUUGUUUAUGAAAGUAGAGUUAUCCCAUGUGAACUUAGUGAAUUGGUUCACAAUUGCUGUAAACUAAUGAAAUUUGUUCAAACUGCAAUAUAACCAGUAUCAUUCACUACAGGGUGAAAAGAAAAUGCUAAACAUUUCUGAAUCUCUGGAUGUUGUAUCUGUACUAUCCGGAAAUUCAAAUUCAAUGUAAUUCUUGCUACUUUACUAACAUGAAACUUCUCUGAAACUUUUAUAUUACAGACAUUUGCCACCUUGUUGCAUUAUCAUUCAUUAGUUGGAGGACUACUAAAACUGACUUGCUGUCUUCAUACAUAAAGGAGGCAUAAUGAAUAUGGUCUUUGUAUUUUGAGUUUUUAAGCUAUAGAUGAAGAAGUUUACUUUGUGGUAAUAUAGUACAUUUGAUCAUUGUGUUUUCAAAACAUGUUUUAAAUGGCAAGUAAAAAUAAA